AUGCUGCAGCAGGUUCGUUGUACAGGUGCAUAUCGUGCUGGGACGGCCCAGGCGCCUGGCACUGCUUCUUCUGCUUUGUCGGUGGUGCCUUCAAGAGUCGCCUUGCCGGCGAAGGCGGGGAUGGUGGAUCCCCUUGAUUGGCUUGAACCGGAGCGUGCCGUCGUCGUCCAGGAGCUGGAGCGACUGCGUCGAGCUGAGGAGGAUUGGGAUGAGGUGCCGCUGGCGUGCCACAAGGUGGCCCUUCAGGAUGAGGACGAGAUGGUCUUGAGGCUGGUCGAACACGGCAUGGCCUUACCUGUGCAGGAGGCAGAACUACCUCAUGAUGGGCGUGGCCGCUUGCUCAGUGGAGGCUUGUUCGGGGUCGAGAAAAACGACCUUGAAGAUCGACUCAUUUACGACCGUAGGCCCGAAAAUGCGACGAUGGAUAAGCUGGGCUGGGCUCAUCUUCCUAGCGGGGCAUGCUUCACGCGUAUGCUGUUGGAUCCUUGCGAGUACUUGCGGGGGUCGGGAGAUGAUUUGCGCAACUUUUACUACACCCUUAAGCUCCCCGACAAUUGGAUCCGGUACAACUCCUUUGGUAGACGACUGUCGGCGAAGGCUGUGCACGAGGCAGUCCUACGCAGGCACGGGUUGCUGAAGCCUGCUUCUGUGCUUCGUUAUGGGGAACCGGCGCCCACAGACGCUACCUGGGAGGGGGUGUACAUCGACGAUUUGCUCAUCACACAGAGGUGCCGCUCUGAUGCUGACGUGCAGCGGGUCAAGGCGGCGGAGGCGGCCUAUGAAGAGGCGAACCUGCCGAGGGCUGUGCAUAAAGAGUUCCGCUUCAAGACUGAGUUUAAGGUGUGGAUGCUCAUCUUUAAGAUCGUGUCGGGAGGCUUUUGCAGCAAGGACGUGCUCCGCAAGGUCCUCGGCUACCUCUCGUACGUUUUUCAGUAUCGUCGGGAGCUCUACUGCCUUCACCACCACAUCUAUAAGUACAUUGCUGAUAUGCCCGAUGGUAGGUGGGUUAAGUUGCCGGAUUACGUGAAAGAUGAGCUCAGGUCCUGCUCGCUGCAUCUGCCCUUUGCGGUGUGGCACAUGAGGACUCCGCUUGCUUCUACCAUGGUCGCCACAGAUGCCACGCCUUCUUCAGGAGGCGCUGUGGCGGUGGAGGUGCCCAAGCCGCUCGCCCAGGAGCUGUGGCGUCAGUCCGAGAUAAAAGGUGAAGCGGUUCGUCUCGACCGAGGUGUUGCUGAGGAAGUGUUGUGUGCUGAGCCGAAGGAGCCCUCGGUGUUCGCCAGCUCCGUUGCUGAAUGCAUGCCCUGGACAGUUACUAGCUCGUACUCCUUCAAGGAGACUUCGCACGUAAACCUCCAGGAGAUGCGAGCCCUUCGGCGAGAAGUCACCCGCCUCAUCGCUCGAGGUGCCUGCCGAGGUGCUGUCCUGAUAGCUCUGAACGACUCUCGAGUGGUGGUCGGUGCCAUCGCAAAAGGACGUUCGUCGAGCUUUAAACUGAACGGACUUCUCCGUGGCCUGCUUCCUCAUUUGGUUUUGAGCCGAGCCUCCCUCGCGGUGCUGUGGAUUGAGACAGCUGCUAACCCUGCCGAUUUUCCAAGCAGGUUCAAAGUGCUUCCUCCUCCCCGACGUGUUCCAGGUUGGUUGGGUCACUACGGUGUGAAAGAUCGGAGCUGCUUUCUUGGAUUCGAGGUCGGCACGGGCAGGGGUGGCAUCACGGUGGCGCAUCAAGCGGUCGGCCUAGAGAUGGGCUCGCCGGUGAAUGCGUACAACAUACUGGACGCCAGGACACAGUGGCUCGACGACGAGGUUGAAAGAGGCGGGGUACAUUGGGUGUGGCUAGCGCCUCCGUGCAGCUCUUUCAGUGGCUUGCGCAACCUUGAUCGAGGAGGACCCCUUCGGCCUCGCGGGUGCCCGGAAGGAGAUCCUUCGAACCCCGAGGUUGUCGUAAAGAACGCUUUGUGGUUUGGAGCUGUGCAACUUGCCUGGAAGGUCCUCUAUGCUGGGGGCUUCUUCAUCCUCGAGCAUCCGCGGGGCAGCUCAGCUUGGCAGCUCCCCUGUACUCAGGAGCUAUUAUCUCAUGAUGCAGUGCAGUCGAUCAAGGUUGAUUUCUGUGCGUAUGAGAACGGGGCGAGUCGGCAUGACACACAAAAGCCCACACGCCUGUUGACCAAUGCACCCUGGGUUCAAGCAGUUGCUCGAGUCUGCCCAGGGAACCACCGGCAUCCUCCCGCGUUGAGGGGUGCCUCUGUCAAGAAGGGAGGCAAAUAUCCCUUGGCCUUCUGCUGCGGACUGGCAAAUGCCCUCGCGCGGUGGAAGGCUGCGCAAUGCUAA